AUGUGUGUCACUAACGAGGCAUCCUUCGUCGCCGUUAAUUCUUGGCUUCAAGAACUUAAAAAGAAUCUGAGAAACAACAUCGUUAUCCACAUCGUCGGUACAAAGACCGAUGUUGUCAAUGACGACCCCUCAAAACGUGAGGUCCCAUUCGAACGCUGUCUUUCCUAUGCAGGGGAACACCUAUCCGAGAACGAUGAGACUUGGGUAGGUAUGGACUGCUGCCAUGAGGUCUCGGCGAGAGAGGACUCCGGGGUAGACGAGCUGUUCCAAGUCAUCGCCAGGAAACUUAUCGAGAGAAGGUCCGAUAUUGAGAGAGAACGGCUUUACGGCAUUGGGGGAAGCGAGUAUGACGAGACUACGAGGAGCGAUGGCUCAAUACAACUGAAUACGGGACCUACUGAACGCAAAGGUGGUGCCUGUGCUUGUUGA